AUGGCUGUUCGAUGCUCUGCCUGCGGUCAAUGGAUCAAGACGACUGGUGGCGCUCAUAAUUGUCCUGGCGGUGGCAAGGCCAACGAAGACCUACCUGCUCUUCUCAACAAGAAGCAGAAUGAAGCCUUCAGAAAUAUCGGCGACGCUGACCCUAACUGUCCCAACAAUGCGCCUCCGCUUCAUUCUAUUGUAUCCAUUUCGGCCACUUACGAGGAGAUGAACUGUGAGUCCUCUGGUCGCCAGUUGUCUUGCACUCAUCACGAUGCCGAAACAGCGUGA